AUGAGUCUGAGGAGCAAGCGCAAGAGCCUGCUGAACUCACCUUCAGGGCGAUUCAGCAGUAGUUCCAUGGGAUUCAACUCCAUCCCCCAAAUCAGCACCUCUACUGAUAUCAAACCAGUAACAAUCAACAGGAGCCUGCUUGCCCCACUAAACUUAGAAGUUGACCCCACCGUCCAAACUAUACGCACCAUGGAGAAAAAUCAGCUGAAGACUCUCAACAACAAGUUUGCAUCCUACAUUGAAAAGGUCAGACAGCUGGAGCAGCAGAACAAAGUGCUGGAAACCAAGUGGAAGCUCCUGAAUCAGCAAAGCGCCCCCUCCUCCGGUGAUGCGGAGUCCAUUAUUAAGACAUUCAUUUCCAACCUGGAAAAACAGCUGGAGCUUUGCAGACGUGAUAAAGUGAGGCUUGAAAAUGAGUUCACAGCCAUGGUCGAGACUGUGGAAGACUACAAGACAAGGUAUGAGGAAGAGAUCAACAGCAGGGUCACUUCAGAGAAUGAUUUUGUACUGCUCAAAAAGAAUGUGGAUGAAGAAUUUAUGAGAAAGGUGAAUUUGGAAAGCCAGUUGACAGCUAUUCAGGAUGAAAUCCUGUUCCUCAAAGAAGUGUAUCAGAUGGAGCUGUAUGACAUGCAGGAGCGUGUGAAGGACACCUCUGUGGUGGUGCAGAUGGACAACUCCCGCAACCUGAACAUGGACCAGAUUAUAGCUGAUGUUAAGGCUCAGUAUGAAGAAAUUGCUGCUUACAACCGUGAAGAAGUUGAAAAGUGGUACAAGAGCAAGUUUGAUCAGAUGAAAGCGCAGGUCCAGCAACAUAACAGUGAGCUGCAAAACACUAAGGCCGAAAUAGCUGAGCUUAAGCGAAUGAUUCUUCGUCGGCAGACUGAGAUUGAGGCUAUGAAGGAACAGUAUUCCCACAAUGUAGUAAGCAUAUCUGAGCUGGAAGAGCGAGGGGAACAGGCUGUAAUAGAUGCAAAAAGCCGCAUUAAGGACCUUGAGGCGGCUCUGAGGCAGGACAAGCAUAACAUGGCCAAGCAGCUCAGAGACUACCAAGACCUCAUGAAUGUCAAGCUGACCCUGGAUAUCGAGAUAUCCACCUACAGGAAACUCCUGGAGGGAGAGGAAGAGAGACUUGGUAAAGACUCUGUUAUCAGCAUCCAAACAGUGCCCAACAAAGCUGUUGCCAGUAACGACUGUGUUGACGGCACUGAAAGAGUGCUCAGUGUCCAAACCUUGCCCAACCAAACUGUGCCCGUUACCAACCAGAGACGAAGGUCAGGCGCUGUUCUCAUCAAGACAGUGGAGACCAUGAACACGACAUACACCGAAGGCAAAUAAAACGCAGCGGUGCUCUGAACUGACGGAUUGCUACUUAAAAUUACCCUUAAAUUAAUCUGUUUUCAAACUGCUGUA